GAGCUGUGUGGAGAUGCUGUUUGUCCGUGGUUCAGGUAACUGUGUGCAGUGCAACACUCCUCUCAGAAAGAGUAAUUUCCGCGUGCAGCUCUUCGAAGAUCCAGCCAUCGAUAAAGAGGUGGAGAUCCGCAAGAAGGUUCUUAAAAUCUAUAAUAAGAGGGAAUUUGAUUUUUCCACUCUGAAAGAAUAUAAUGACUACCUGGAGCAGGUUGAGGACAUUGUGUUUAACCUGACAAAUAACAUAGAUGUUGAAAGGACCAAGCAGAUGAUGGAACAGUACCAACGAGAUAACAAAGACAUUAUACAGAGAAACAAAGCCAAACUGACACGUGAGCAGGAGGAGUUGGAGGAGCUGUUGUUGCAGGAUCAUCAGGAUUCAGAGCAGAGGAGACUGGAGACCCUUCAGGAGGAACAGAGACAUCUACAGGCUAAGAGGAUAAACAAGCAGGCCCUGCUGGAUGAACUGGAAAUUUCCAAGUUACCUGCGGCUGUGCUGUUGGCCCAACAUAAAGAUCGAGCCUCUCAACUGGAGACCCAGAUAGAAAAACAGAAGCAAAAUGUCAAGCCAGCAAACAUCUUCUCUACUGGAAUAAUGAUGGGUCAGACUGUGUCUUUGGCUUCUGUGUCUCGUGUGGAGGAGGUGUUGUACGUCUAUCAGCUUCUGUGCAUUGACACAUACGGGCCGCCCGUUCUGGAACUGGAUCAGUUGGGCCGAUUAGGGUAUUUGAAUCAUGUGCGCACAGCAUCUCCACAGGAUCAGGCUGGUGGUUAUACAUCAGGACUGGCAUGCCAUCGUGCCAUCCAGGAUGCUUUCAGUGGCCUCUUCCCCUCAUGAUAUUAUGAAACUACAGCCAC